UCACACAUAGCCUUUCCGAGCCUCUCCCGUCGCUCACGCCCACUUCCCCCUCGCUCUCCGGCUCUCCCCUUCUGUGCGUGAGUGCUUGUGUCUUACAUGUCUGUGAGCCUCAGUCGCAUCCUCCGCACCUGGGUACCGAUUCACAGCCCGGACCGAGGCAGCAGCAGCAUCCCUUACGCCGGGCUCGCUCAGUGUGUCCUGAGGAACUGCUCACCCAGCUUGUGAGGGCCGUCCAUCAUCCGUCCAGCUGACCAAUAGGAGGUCACCAUGGGCUCCAGCCCCUCCUCCUACGCCCCAAAAACCAUCUACCUCAAUGUGGACGGAAAGAUCCAGAAGGUGGUCUUCAGUCGUCACUGCAGUCCAUGUGACAUCAAAGAGCUGUUGUGUUCCUCCUCCAACAUCCCCAGGAACAGCGCCAUCAUGAUGGUGGACCCAGAGGGGGCCAUGGUCUCCAUAGACCCCACCAUGCCGCCCAACUCUCCAAACACCUUGUACAAAGUGGUCCCUCUCUCCACUGGUCAGCUUGGAGAGAAAGAAGACAUGUUUCAGAAUGUGUUGUCUCAGGUGGCUGAGCAGUUUAGCAGAGCUUUCCGUAUCAACGAGCUGAAGACGGAGGUGACAAACAGACUAGCUAUGCUGGAGAAGAGAGUGGAACUGGAGGGCUUGAAGGUGGUGGAGAUCGAGAAGUGUAAAAACGACCUGAAGAAGUUACGAGAUGAGAUGACCUCACGAGUUGGGGGCAGAGUGAACUGCCCUUGCAAAUACAACUUCUCAGAUGAUGGAAAGAAGCUGACUCCAAGACGUGAUGUGCCCAGCUAUCCAAAGUACACCUUGUCUCAGGAGACAAUCGAGGCACUGAAGAAGCCAACCUUUGACGUCUGGCACUGGGAACAUAAUGAGAUGCUGAGCUGUUUGGAGUAUAUGUACCACGACCUCGGGCUAGUGAGGGAAUUCAACAUGAACCCCAUCACUCUCAAACGCUGGCUGCUGGGCAUCCAAGAGAACUACCGUAGCAACCCCUUCCACAACUUCCGCCAUUGCUUCUGCGUCAGCCAGAUGAUGUAUGGGAUGAUCCAUCUCUGCAACCUCCAGGAGAAGUUGACUCUGACCGACAUGGGCAUCCUCAUGACGGCCGCAGUGUGCCACGACCUGGACCACCCCGGCUACAACAACACCUACCAGAUCAAUGCGCGCACGGAGCUGGCGGUGCGCUACAACGACAUCUCUCCCCUGGAGAACCACCACUGUGCCGUGGCCUUUCAGAUCCUCUGUCUGCCCGAGUGCAACAUCUUCGCCAACGUGGACCUUGAGGCGUUCAAACAGAUCAGACAGGCCAUCAUCACCCUGAUCCUGGCCACGGACAUGGCGCGACAUGGCGAGAUCUUGGAGUCCUUCAAGCAGAAAGUGGACAGCUUCGACUACGCCAAUGAGGAGCACGUCACAUGCUUGAAGAUGGUGUUGAUCAAGUGCUGCGACAUCUCCAACGAGGUGAGGCCCACGGAGGUGGCGGAGCCCUGGGUGGACUGCCUGCUGGAGGAGUACUUCAUGCAGAGCGACAGGGAGAAGUGUGAGGGCCUUCCCGUCGCCCCCUUCAUGGACCGGGACAAAGUCACCAAGCCCACCGCUCAGAUCGGCUUCAUCAAGUUCGUCCUCAUCCCCAUGUUUGAGACCGUCAUGAAGCUCUUCCCCCAGAUCGAGGAGAUCAUGGUGCAGCCGCUGAGGGACUCCCGCGACCACUACGAGGAGCUGAAGCAGAUUGACGACGCCAUGACUGAAGCACAGAAGAAAAAAACUGAAAAUAUGUCAUUAGGCGGCAAGAAGAAGUAAGCUCUGCUCUGAGUGAGUGCAGUGGUAACUGUGGAUCUUCCCUUGUGAUCCGAUUCAAAACCAAAUAGGUCUGAGGAGCUCGUAGUGCACCGCAGGGCCAACACAUGGAGGCCAGGGGAGGAGGAGGAGGAGGAGGAGGAGGAAAGACAGACGGCUCGGCUGCACUUCUGAACCAAGAAGACCUGUCUUGACCUUUAACUUUUACUUUUUGCACUGAUGGUUAGCCCUGAGCGAAACCCGGUGACCCCUCUUUGAAUACAUUGUGGGUACACAUGUGUGUGUACUUGUUCUUUUAUUUCUGUAGAAUUACAUUCCUGUCAAAUGGUUAGAGUCACCUGCUGGCAAGAGGAAUAAUAGCAUUGGUUGAGGACUUAUUCAAGUUAUAUAUUUGUUUCAAAAUAAAUAAUAACAUAUAGAGCUGUGCACAAUAUCUUGGUGAACAGCCUUUAUUUUUUUCUCGCACAAUUUUAUCUACCAAAUUUUCUGAAAUUGGUUCCAGACGGCAGCAAUAAGAGAUGUUAAUGAGUAUAUGUGGGUACAAAUUCCGGCACAUACAAGCCACUUCACACUCGAUUACACCAGGUUUUGUUGCAUUCAAUGUUAUUGUGUGAUGUGUUGUAAGUAUUCAAAUAUACAGCAAGCAAGCUUUAACAUCUUUCCAAUCAAUCAUUCUACACCAAGUUCAUUUGUGUCAUACUCUAAGGCGUGUGCUAUACUUAUAAACGUACAAAAAAGAAGUGCCUUUGCUUUAAAACAACACCAUUUUAACUAGUUAGCUUUACCAUAAUCAAAGUUUGUAUUUUUGUUUGUUAGCUCUUUAGUUUGGUUUUAUUUUAGGGGGGAAAGGCUUCUCCAUGUUAAACCGACAUUGCAAGACUAUCAAGUAUGAAAAUUGAAUCAGGAAAUUUGACUCCUUAGGUCUGUUUACUGCUUGAAAUUCAAAAAAACAAUAAUGUAACAUUGGGUCGACAUGUUUUUAGUAACUGAAUUAGUUCCUAAAAUGUGUCUGCACAGACCAAUUCGAAUCAUUAUUUAUUUACCACUGUUUUUGUAGCGCUAAAACACUUGAGGUCUGUCUAUUUUGUUGCUUUUGUUUUAACAAUUCAAAAACAAUUUUAUUUACCGUGAAAAAGAACAAUACGCAUACCAAUGCUACCUGAGUCUCACUACCUCCCUGCUGCAUCUGUUUUAUAAUUGAAUGUACUCUAUAUUGUGUAUGCUCUGUAUUGUGCAUAAUUGUUAUAACUGAUGUUUAGGACUGAAUUCCUCUGCUUCAUAAAGAACAUUGUAGCACACCAUUUUACCAGCAAUACAACUUGUUGAAACAUGUUUUUAUUUUAUUUCUAGCCUUAGUUGUGUGUUACCGAGGUACAACUAUCAUUUAACUCAGCCCCACCUAACUGCUUUUCUUUCCCUCUCUAAAGAGUGUCUCUGAGCACAUGGUGUAGGUGGGUGGUUUCCCCCGCAGGUGAAAGAACGUUUGAUUUUAUUGGUUACUUUAUUGCUGCCAGUUCUCCACUCACUGUAGUAAUAAUUCUUUCACUUGCUGCUUUCUUUCUUUUUUUUUUACCACACACUCAUAAUUAAAAUGUAUUUUUUACCACCAACACAA